AUGAUUGUUAAAAAGAAUGAAUUUAAUGAUAUGGAGAAUCUUGUUAGUGCAGACCCUGUUAGUGCAGACACUGUUAGUGCAGACAUGGUUAGUACAGACCCUGUUAGUGCAGACCCUGUUAGUGCAGACACUAUUAGUGCAGACUCUGUUAGUGCAGAGACUGGUAGUGCAGACACUGUUAGUGCAGACCCUGUUAGUGCAGACACUAUUAGUGCAGACACUGUUAGUGCAGACACUGUUAGUGCAGACCCUGUUAGUACAGACACUAUUAGUGCAGACACUGUUAGUGCAGACACUGUUAGUGCAGACACUGUUAGUACAGACACUGUUAGUGCACACCCUGUUAGUGCACACCCUGUUAGUGCAGACACUGUUAGUGCAGACAUGGUUAGUACAGACCCUGUUAGUGCAGACCCUGUUAGUGCAGACACUAUUAGUGCAGACUCUGUUAGUGCAGAGACUGUUAGUGCAGACACUGUUAGUGCAGACACUGUUAGUGCAGACACUAUUAGUGCAGACACUGUUAGUGCAGACACUGUUAGUGCAGACCCUGUUAGUACAGACACUAUUAGUGCAGACACUGUUAGUGCAGACCCUGUUAGUGCAGACCCUGUUAGUGCAGACACUAUUAGUGCAGACUCUGUUAGUGCAGAGACUGGUAGUGCAGACACUGUUAGUGCAGACCCUGUUAGUGCAGACACUAUUAGUGCAGACACUGUUAGUGCAGACACUGUUAGUGCAGACCCUGUUAGUACAGACACUAUUAGUGCAGACACUGUUAGUGCAGACACUGUUAGUGCAGACACUGUUAGUACAGACACUGUUAGUGCACACCCUGUUAGUGCAGACACUGUUAGUGCAGACAUGGUUAGUACAGACCCUGUUAGUGCAGACCCUGUUAGUGCAGACACUAUUAGUGCAGACUCUGUUAGUGCAGAGACUGUUAGUGCAGACACUGUUAGUGCAGACCCUGUUAGUGCAGACACUAUUAGUGCAGACACUGUUAGUGCAGACACUGUUAGUGCAGACCCUGUUAGUACAGACACUAUUAGUGCAGACACUGUUAGUGCAGACACUGUUAGUGCAGACCCUGUUAGUACAGACACUGUUAGUGCACACCCUGUUAGUGCACACCCUGUUAGUGCAGACAUGGUUAUUGCACACCCUGUUAGUGCAGACACUGUUAGUGCAGACAUGGUUAUUGCAGACCCUGUUAGUGCAGACACUGUUAGUGCAGACCCUGUUAGUGCAGACACUUUUAUGGCAAGCAUGGGUUGCUAA